AUGACUAUCUCAUCGAGCCAAGAAACGAGAACUGAUCGAUUGGUCAAAUGGGCCGCCGAACUGAAGUACAACGACAUUCCUGAUGAUGUGGUCCAACGCACCAAGGAUUUCUUCUUAGAUACGCUGGGCUGUGCCAUAGCCGGUCGUAGCCACCCCGCGGUUUCUGCAAUGGUGCGUUUUGCGGCUCAAAUGGGCCCAUCUAGUGGGAAGAGCGAACUAAUUGAUGGUUCCCAAAAUGUCACUACUAGUCCGGCAUUUGCUAGUCUAAUCAAUGCUGCUGCAUCCCAUGUGGUUGAGCAGGAUGAUCUGCAUAAUCGAAGCAUCAUGCAUCCAGCGACUGUAAUCUUCCCAGCUGCUCUUGCGGUAUCCCAAGAUAUUGGGGCAAAUGGAGAAGAUUUCAUCACUGCUUGCGUGGUUGGCUACGAAGUCGGUUGUCGUGUUGGAGAGUAUCUGGGGAAGAGCCACUAUGAGAAAUUCCAUACCACCGCGACAGGCGGAGUGAUUGGAGUUGCAGCAGCUGUAGCCCACCUUCUGAAGCUUGAUGCAAACCAGACAUUAUCAGCAGUUGGAACAGCUGGAACUCAAGCCGCAGGAUUAUGGCAAUUCUUGAUGGAUGCAACUCACUCAAAACAAGUGCACACAGCAAAGGCCUGUUUUGACGGUAUAUUCGCUGCCUAUUCUGCUCGUGAUGGGCUUCUAGGCCCACGGGAUAUCUUGGAAGGACCGCGUGCAAUGGGAGCUGCUCUAGUGCCCGGCGAAACAAACCCAGAGGCAAUUGACCAGAAUUUGGGUACAGAUUUUGCCGUUGUUCGUUCGAGCUUCAAAUGGCACGCAUCUUGUCGACACACCCAUCCUAGCGUGGAUGCACUGUUGAACCUGAUGGCCAAGAACAAUGUGACUUUUGACGAUAUCGACUCUGUCCUUGUUCCCACAUACCAGGCUGCUAUCGACGUACUUAGCCUAAGUGGGAAUGGCGACACAGUUCACCAGAGCAAGUUCUCAAUGGGCUUUGUACUAGCUAUUGCGGCGAAGAAAGGCCAAGCUAUGAUAACCGACUUCACUGAAGCUGAUCUGAGAGAUACCUCUUUGCGUGGAUUCCAGAAUCGAGUCAAGAUGGAAUACAAUGCGGAGAUUGAUUCUCAGUUCCCAGAGAGGUGGCAAGGAACUGUUAUUGUUACAUGCAAGUCCGGGAAGACUUUCACGGAAUCAGUCACAUUUGCAAAGGGAGACCCGGAGAUUCCCUUGACAAGGUCUGAAAUCGAGGCAAAAACUCACGCGCUUGCCAAAUAUGGCGGAAUCACAGAUACGAACAAAGUCGACUCCAUAAUCAAGAGAGCGUGGGAUUUGGAGCAUGAGACGGAUGUUAACGGGUUUGUCUUUUAAGACUUGCCUCUCAGGUCAUCGGGUGUAUAAAAAAUGCCGUGGACAUAUUGGAGACCCGUCGAGACAUAGUAGACUUGUGACAAAUGAAGGAAAUUAUGGCUACUUUGGUAACAAUGCCAGAACAGCACAUUUGGCUACAUACAUAUGUUGU